GUUAACACAGGGUCUGUGCAUCGUGCACCCAGAUAAGGGCGUGAACGCUUUUCAAAUGAAUCGUCAGCCAAUCUGUACGUCCCUGAAAAUUACCUGAACAAUCAGUGAUUGUAGACUAAUUCGAUCGAAUUUCGUAAUAAUGAAAUACAAGGGUGUCGCAUUGUUCAUUUCUCUGAUUGUUCUGAGCGAUGAGGGGUACAAUAGACUCGUCGCGAGCCAAUUCAACAAUCCCACCUUCUUUAUGAUUGGCGGCGUGUUCUCCAAUAAAAAAAGCAAAGAUUAUUUCAAACUAACGCUGAACAAUUUGAACUUCAACUCUAAAUAUGUCAAUAAAGGAGUGACUUAUAAGCACACGGUAAUUGAAAUGGACUCCAAUCCAAUUAAGACAGCUUUGAGUGUCUGCAAGUCUUUGAUAGCAGAACAAGUAUACGCGGUGGUAGUGUCUCAUCCUCUUACGGGAGACCUAUCUCCAGCCGCUGUUUCUUAUACAAGUGGAUUUUAUCAUAUACCCGUUAUAGGUAUAUCUUCGAGGGACUCAGCGUUUUCUGAUAAAAACAUUCACGUCUCCUUCCUAAGGACGGUGCCACCAUACUCGCAUCAGGCAGACGUAUGGGUUGAACUAUUGAAACACUUUAACUAUAUGAAGGUGAUUUUUAUCCAUAGUUCGGAUACAGAUGGUCGAGCUCUGCUUGGAAGAUUUCAAACAACUUCCCAGAACCUGGAAGACGAUGUGGAAAUUAAGGUUCAGGUAGAGUCUGUGAUCGAAUUUGAACCUGGUCUAGAAAGCUUCACGCAACAACUAAUGGACAUGAAAACUGCACAAGCCAGAGUUUGUCUCUUAUAUGCCUCGAAAACAGAUGCAAGCGUCAUCUUUCAAGACGCAGCUGCGUUGAAUAUGACCGGUUCAGGAUAUGUUUGGAUCGUGACGGAACAAGCCUUAGAUGCGCCAAACGCACCGGGAGGUCUUCUUGGCUUGAAAUUAAUUAACGCUGAGAAAGAGGAGGCUCACAUCGAGGAUAGCCUGAAAGUGCUUGUAUCCGCUUUACGGGAGAUGAACAAAACGAAAGCGAUUACAGAGGCACCAAAGAAUUGUGAAGACUCUGGCUCCAUAUGGGAAACCGGCAAGAGCUUGUUCGAAUUCAUCCGCAAAGAGGUGUUAUCAGAUGGUGCUACUGGCAAAGUAGCGUUCGAUGACAAUGGGGACCGUAUCUUCGCGGAAUAUGACAUCAUUAACAUUCAGGAAAACGGUGAACGAGUCUCUGUUGGACAGUACUUUUAUCCAGCUAACGGUACCAAAAUGACAUUAAGCGUCAACGAGUCGAGCAUAAUAUGGCCCGGCCGAUUACAAAAUAAGCCCGAGGGUUUCAUGAUUCCUACGCACUUAAAAGUACUCACUAUCGAGGAAAAGCCAUUUGUGUACGUUCGGGAAAUCGCAUUCAGUGAAUCUUGUCUGCCAGAAGAAAUUCCAUGCCCUCAUUUUAAUGUUACCGAUCAUGAAAUAUUUACAGCUACGAAAACAUUUUGUUGCAAAGGAUACUGUAUGGAUUUAUUGAAAGAACUAUCGAAAACGAUUAACUUCACCUAUAGUUUGUCCCUGUCCCCUGAUGGACAAUUUGGCAGCUAUGUGGUCAAGGACAGUUCAGGGGGUAAAAAAGAAUGGACAGGACUUAUAGGAGAACUGGUGAACGAAAGAGCAGAUAUGAUCGUUGCCCCUUUGACAAUUAAUCCGGAACGCGCUGAGUUUAUCGAAUUCAGUAAACCCUUUAAAUAUCAAGGCAUCACCAUUCUUGAGAAAAAGCCAUCAAGAUCAUCAACCUUGGUGUCGUUUUUGCAACCAUUCAGCAACACGUUAUGGAUACUGGUGAUGGUGUCGGUGCACGUAGUGGCUCUAGUUCUGUACCUCCUCGACCGGUUCUCACCUUUCGGGAGGUUCAAACUAGCAAACACUGACGGUACCGAAGAGGACGCCUUGAAUCUGUCUAGCGCCAUCUGGUUCGCUUGGGGAGUUCUCUUGAAUAGUGGAAUCGGAGAAGGUACUCCACGAAGUUUUUCUGCUCGAGUUUUGGGCAUGGUAUGGGCAGGAUUUGCGAUGAUUAUUGUCGCUUCUUACACUGCCAACUUAGCUGCAUUCCUUGUGUUGGAACGGCCAAAAACUAAAUUGACUGGCAUCAACGAUGCUCGACUCAGGAACACCAUGGAAAACCUUACGUGCGCCACGGUGAAAGGUUCCGCUGUUGACAUGUAUUUCCGUCGACAGGUCGAAUUAUCCAAUAUGUAUCGUACAAUGGAAGCAAAUAAUUAUAAUACUGCCGAAGAAGCUAUUAGAGAUAUUAAAAUUGGGAAACUCAUGGCUUUCAUCUGGGAUAGCUCUCGAUUAGAAUUCGAAGCUGCUCAGGAUUGUGAAUUGGUAACCGCUGGAGAAUUAUUUGGUCGUUCUGGUUAUGGAAUUGGUUUGCAAAAGGGCUCCUUGUGGGCAGAUGCUGUAACUCUAGCUAUCUUGGAUUUUCAUGAAAAUAGUUUUAUGGAAAGUCUCGACGACCACUGGAUUCUUCAAAGUAACAGGCAGCAGUGUGAACAACUUGAAAAAGCUCCGAAUACUUUGGGCUUGAAAAAUAUGGCUGGAGUAUUCAUAGUGGUCGGUGUUGGAAUUAUCGGUGGCAUCGGAUUAAUUAUUAUCGAAGUAGUAUACAAGAAACAUCAAAUUCGCAAACAAAAGAAGAUGGAAUUGGCGCGACACGCGGCCGAUAAGUGGAGAGGUGCGAUUGAGAAACGGAAAACCCUGCGAGCUUCCAUAGCCGCUCAACGAAGAAUUCAAAGCAAUGGCCUUAACGAUCCUACGACCGUGAGCUUAGCAGUCGAUACGAUAGCUAGGUCGAAUGUGGCUCCACAUAGUCCUGGCCGAGCAUGGCCGGGGGAUAGUGACAUCCGUCAACGACCUAUUUCCCGUUCAGACGAUAUCAGAUUAUCACCUGCUGCAUAUACAGCAAACGUCUCACACCUUAUAGUGUGAAGAAACUGAUUAUCAAUUACCUGUA